CUGGUGAAGCGGUGCUCUGGGACGGUCACCCUGGACCCGGCCAGCAGCGCCUCUGACGUCAGCUGUACCGGGGGGCAGCGUUUCAGCAGCGUGGCAUGGCUGCGUAGGCUCCUCCAAAAAGGGGGGCAGAAGCUGGGGGAAAAGUUUGAGCAAUUUGGCCAGAGAAUCAAGGAUUUUUUUCAGAGCCGCAAACCUGGAUCGGAGCAGGAGAAAUAAAGCGUGACUCAAGUUCCCGAGG